AUGAGGAUGGAGGGCAGGGAGGAGAUGCAGAGCGCUGUGGGGCUGCGCUGCACCUGGGACAUUCCGCCACCCGCUGGCACCCAGGCCAAGUGGGUGAGGCUCAAUGUGGGGGGCACCGUCUUCCUCACCACCAGGCAGACCCUGUGUCGGGAGCAGAAAUCUUUCCUCUGUCGCUUGUGCCAGGGCGAGGAGCUGCAGUCGGACCGGGAUGAGACUGGUGCAUACCUAAUAGACCGUGACCCCACUUAUUUUGGACCCAUCCUGAAUUUCCUCCGUCAUGGGAAGCUGGUCCUGGAUAAAGAUAUGGCUGAAGAGGGCGUCCUAGAAGAAGCUGAGUUCUACAACAUUGGUCCUUUGAUCCGAAUAAUCAAGGAUCGAAUGGAGGAGAAGGACUACACAGUAACUCAGGUGCCUCCUAAGCAUGUCUACCGUGUGCUGCAGUGCCAGGAAGAGGAGCUCACUCAGAUGGUUUCCACUAUGUCAGAUGGAUGGCGCUUUGAGCAGCUUGUGAACAUUGGCUCAUCCUAUAGUUAUGGGAAUGAGGAUCAGACAGAGUUCCUGUGUGUGGUCUCCAAAGAGUUGUACAACUCCCCCAAUGGCCUGAGCUCUGAGCCUAGCCACAAAGUCAAGAGCACAGAGGAGGACCUGGAGGAGGAAGAGCAGGAGGUGGAGGAGGAGGCAGAGACAGAGGCAGAAGCAGAAGCAGAGGAGAAAGCUAUUACAAGCCAGAGGUCUGAGGAUGUGAUCCCAACAAUCCACUCCAGCCUUUUCAUUUCUUGUUUGUAUCUUUAUUUUCGUACUGCCGUGUACAGCAGCCCCUUGCCCCACAGUGCCGCCCCCAGCCCCCUUCACUCUUGA